AACUAUCAGUUGACAAGAAACAAAUUGAAACAUAAACAUAAACAUCAAAAUGAAAACAAUCACAUCCCUCCUGCUCUUCUCAGCGACCUCACUCGCAAAAACUCUCUACGUCUCCCACUACGACGGACAUGUCUACACCUUGACCUACAACACCACAGACCCUAAUCCCGAGACAAGUCUUACAUUGGCAUCUACCCUAACAGCAUGCGGCUCAAUGCCUAGUUGGCUCGAACUCGACGCAGAUGCCUAUCUAUUGUACUGCAUUGACGAAACGGGGACAUCGCAGACAUCCGGAAAUGGCUCGCUGACGAGUUUCGAUAUCUCGGAUGUGAGCCGUCCGGCUGUUGUCAGUGAGACGGGCACGUUGGCGGGUGGUGUUGCGAGUGUUAUUUAUGAGGCUGGUGAGGAAGGGGAAAAGUUUAUUGCUAUUGCUCACUACGAAGGAUCAUCAGUCUCUACAUUCCCUCUCCCACUCACAAACGACACCACCGCCCUGCAAACCUUCUUAUUUACCCUAACCGGUCCCGUCACUGUACCGGAUCGUCAAGAUGCACCUCAUCCACACUCCGUUUUCCUCGAUCCUACAGCUUCAUACAUCCUCUCCCCAGACCUAGGGGCUGAUCUAAUCCGUAUUUUUGCAAUCAACGACUCUGACGGAACGCUAACAGAAUGCGAAGCACACAAAACCGUGCCUGGAGACGGACCUCGUCACGGCGUGUUUAACCAAGAGGGAAACAGAUUGUACAUCACCAACGAACUCGCGGAUACAGUUAGCACGUACUCCGUUUCAUAUAAAGACGACUGUACAUGCGGAUUAUCGCUCAAACUACGCAAUGAAAUCGUCCCGUCGCCGACGGGAAAACUCCCGACAUCGUAUGUUGCCGAAAUCCGGAUUCCGAAUAACAGUACAAAUGUAUAUGUGACUGUCCGUGGUGAUCAGAGUUUCGCGCCGGAUGAUUCCAUUGCGUUCCUUGAUCCGUCUCCUAAUCCCACAGGAUUGGUGGCGAAGAAUUUGACGAGUUCGUUUGGUUCGUAUCCUCGUACUUUGGUGAUUAGUGAGGAUGGCUCCUUGGUUGCUGUGGGGAAUCAAAAGUCUUCUUCUGUUGCAAUUGUGCAGCGUGAUGUUGAGACGGGGGAAUUGGGGGAGUUGGUGGGUAAUUUGCAGGUUGGAGAUGUUGAGGCCGGAUUGAGUAGUGUUAUUUGGGGAUCUGAUUAGAUCCGAUAGAGAGUACUGAUCUGGCCGAAACAGAAUAAGAUAAGUUCAUUCGAUAUGUACUGGACAGAACAGACAAGGAAAAAGUAGAAAGCCACCUUUACCGGUACACCCAGCAGACCCUAACAUAAACAUAGACCUAAACCAACCAGUAGGCUGAUAAAAAUGUGAUAACGACUGUGAUAUGAUAAGACCAGCUUUCAUAUGUAAAUGCAAUAUUAAAUAAAUCAAGUUUCAUCUUACCCUUCACUUUGAUUGGCAAGUGACCAACAAUGUUAAACCAAAACGCCUAAGAACCAUUCGUGAGACUUCCUUGCGAUGACUUCCGUGAACCAGUCGUGUAUGGUAUGGUAUAUAUGUAUCGUCAAUGUGCUGCCCCUGCUGCACCGUCGUAAUUUCUUAGUUUCCUGUCCGGAGCGUAAUCUCAUUGCAUCGUGAUAAUCAUAAAUUCUUGUGACGGCAAUCACCGAAACUCCAGUUGGAAAGCCUUCCAUUUCCCUCCGACUGUGCGACAUUUCGGACAUCCCCGUGGCGAUGGAUAGCUGGUCGGUGCCUUAUUGGGGCUGUUGAUUGGGCGCGACAUCGACAUUGGCGGACUGCUAAUAAACAUGCCAACACAUUCCCGGCAUACUCCGCAGAUACAUUCAGUACAGGCAUAACAGUCCUGCAGUGGCCAAGCGCGAUUGCAAUUCGCACAGUAAAUCUGAAUAUCGCGAUGUCGAAACGUCGAUGGUGUCGGGUUCGAAAAUCGAUGCUGCGGCCGCACGUGGUUGUGUAGGUGAUUCAAUGGACUGGAAUCGGAGGUGACCGAGGACGAAAGUCCGCUGGCUGACAUGUGAAAGUUUUUCCCAGAAACCGUCGAUGCAGACUCUAAAGAUGGUUCAAUUGAGGGGAACGGCUCCAUGUCGCUAUCUCUACUGCGGUGUAAUUCCAAUGGCGGGGGUGUA